AGGCUAUCAUUUGAUACGCCGAGCUCUCCUCUCGCUAGAAAAGAAUGAACCUCCAGUCUAUACGGAAGGUCAGCACGCACUGCACUGGUGUUGAAUACCAGAUGAGACGGCUGGUUACAAGGCAAAGACAGCAACGCGCGGCGACUACACAAAAGCCCGAGAGUCACUCAUCAGCGCAUACUCCUGAACCACUCUCUCUGCCAUGCUGUGCGUGUGUGUCAUUUGCAGCAACCACUCAGUGGGAGCAACAAGAGCGUUCUUUUCGCAGCAGACGGGGAGAAAGCAGCCUGGGGGAGGGGUAGGUUGCGACAACUGAUUACAGCUCAUCGCAGUCUCCGUACUAGUGGAUGCAAUCACCGGGAAUUGCCACAUUGCACAAUGGGAGGAGUGUCAGGGAUGUCACCCACCGGAUUGCUCGUCAACGCUCGCUGAAAAAAAUUGUACACUCCAGUGUGCGGUGGGGGAAAAAAAAUCCUGGCUUUUGCUAUUGUUGCAAAGGUGUUCUGUUGUGAGGAAUUACUGCCAAUUUGUCACACCUAAAAAUCAACUCUUCUUUUCGUGAAACAUUAACUGGGAACAAUACGCCAUCGAUCGAUCGGGAAAGAGCAACGGAGGUCGGGAAUAUAAAACCGAGGUCUUAGCUUGAAGUGAUUCAAAGUUUUCUCAAGAAGGGGGAAAAACGCUUGUGUUCAAACAGUCACAUAUUGACGAUAGGAUACCGUUGGAGGUUCGUCUAGUCUGAUCACAUUCGACUGACACCAAAUCAACUUUUGACAUAGCUUUUUGUAGUUUUGAUUUGCGUCGACUUUUUGAACUCAAGACCAUAUAACGGUUGUUUACGUGUGCCGUGGAAUUUGGUUUACCUGUGCCGUUCGCAUGCAGUUGCCCAGGAGGGGUCAUGGUUACGCUGGAAAGGGGAAGGUUUCUGGUUUCUCAGCUCAUUUUGGUGUCAUUCAGCCCCGUGUGGGCGUGGCAUGAAUUAGACAACUCGCAGUUUCAUUGUUGGCCCCUCAUUAAUCCCGAUGCGAAGAACUAUCUCCAUGACUGCCAUGGCCUUACGAUGGCAUGGUUGGCGGACCCGCCCACCGAAGUCCGCAGUUCUGACAACUUCAUUGUGAAUUUCACCAUUCAAGUGACGGAUUCCUUCUUCGAAUGGGCGGUGAGAAACGACACGGACUACGCUAUAGAGUACAAGCCAGUGUUCCAUCCUGAUCUCAAAUUUAACAAUGGCUUGGAGGCGAGGCGGUGGUGUGUUCACAACCCGUGCCCUGCUCGCAAGUCGGAUGCAGAUCAGUACAAUUGUUGUUUUCACCACGUCAAUGUCCACUCGUGCCCUAAAGAUAAGGUAAGUAUCUCAACAGCGCUGUCAGUUCAUCGUUGUGUAUCAUCCUCGACUGCGUUCCAGCAAGUUACUCGUGUCAAAGGUGUAACAUUUGAUCAGAUUUCGGCAAUUCCAACAUUAUGUAAUGUCCGUGUCGGAGCUUUUAACAGAUCAGUGAAUAAACCUGAACUUGUAUUUUCAAAUCUUGUAUAUCCAUCAUCAUAA